CUCGCAUGGAAGUUACAAAAACGAAAUUGAUAUUUUUCAGACCCAAAAAACAUCGAAGCCAAUAAGAUUGAAGCAGAUAACCACGUCAUAUUACCACGUGGGGUUCAUGUAGAAAUGAUCUGUCAGCGUACGGAUGCUUCUUCACCAUCCUCAAAAAAACUUCCACCGUCAUUCGCUUUUCAAUUGCUUAAAAUCCCCCUUCUCACUCACCAAACACACACACUCUCUCUAACAGAGCUACUGUUACAUUAUUAUUCUAUCAAUAUCAACUCCAUAGCUAAGCAUGCCAAGGAUUAGAGGAACCAGCAGUGAUUUUCUCAACACUGAGGAGGGAGAUGAUGAUCUUGAAGUGUUUGAUCAGUGUCCAAACAAUUACCAAGAACAUCAUCACUUUGACAAUCUUGAUGAAGCAAGCAGUGCAACACCAGGUAACAAUAAGGAGGUGCAAGGCCAAUCACUUUUAGAUCCUUGUAUAGAUCAACAGCCACAGGUCACAGAUAACAUUUCUCUAAACGAUAAUAAUGAAGAUGUUGCUUCCCAUUCACUCACAUAUAGUCAGUCCCCUAUACCUCCACCUAUCAUCAUCGUUGACGGGUUGCGUCUCUUCAGCCCUAGACAAGGCAAUACUCACCGAGCAAGUGACCUUCUCAUAGCGGUUUCAGCAAAUGCUAAGGUAAACAGGAACAAAAUCAUUGAGGUUGCUGUUGAUUCAAUGGAAGAGCUAACAAGAAUGGCUCUGGUGGGAGAACCUCUUUGGAAAUUUGACAAAAAACGAAACGCUGAGGUCCUAAAUGAUAUCGAAUACAUGAGGGAAUAUGGGCAUAUUCAUGCUACAUUGAUGGAGAUUAUGAGAAUGGUAGAGGUGGGAGAACCUCAAUCUUUGCCGAACUUGGACAGCAGUUCUGAAUCCUCCAUUGAAAGUGAAUACAAACCGACAUUGUUGCCUAAAGAAGCUGGACAAGAAUCUCUUUAUUCUGAAGCUUCAAGAGAUUCUGCUUAUUUUAAAAUGAGCGCGUCAAGCUUCGUUGAAUUGCUUAUGGAUUUGAAGCAAUGGUCAUCAUUGUUUUCCAAUAUUGUCUCUAGAGCAAUGGUCCUCGGAGUUUUGUCGUCCUCAGGAUUUCAAAGAAACUAUGAUGGAACUAUCCAAGUGAUGACAGCGGAAUUUCAUGCCUCCACACCAUUUAUUCCACAUCGAGAAAGUUAUUUUGCAAGAUACUGUAAACAGCUGAAUCAUGAAAUGUGGGGUGUAGUCGAUGUUUCAUUGGAAAAUUUGUUUCCAUAUCCAUCGACUGUAUUUCGAAGACGACCAUCUGGCUGUUUAAUAAAAGACAUGCCAAAUGGAUGCUCCAAGGUUAUUUGGGUCGAGCAUGUGCAAGUAGACAGUAAUCUGGUUCCCUACAUUUUCAAGCCGGUGGUCACAUCUGGUUUUGUUUUUGGUGCAAGACGUUGGAUUGACACUGUUGUUCGACAAUGCGAACGGUUUGAAGCUCUAAUAACUCCAAGCACUCCUAAUGCCAAUGGAGUUUUUAUACCACAACCUGGGAGAACAAGCCUGUUGAAGCUGUCUGAGAGGAUGAUGAGAAGCUUUUUUGCUGAUGUUGGUGGUGGUACGUUAAACAAUUGGACGUCAUUGCCUCUAUCUUGUGCAGAAGGAAUAAAAGUCAUGGCCAAAAAUAGCAUGGAUGAUCCUGGAAAGCCUCCCGGUACAACCUUAGUCUUCGCUACUUCUCUAGGGCUUUCAGCCCCACCAAAGAAAUUGUUCAAUUUCCUUCGUCAAGGGGAUUCUCGACCUAAGUGGGAUAUCCUCUCACAUGGUCUUUCCGUCAAUGAAGUUGCUUACAUCCACAAUGGCAGGGAUCCAUUAAAUCGUGUUUCCAUAAUGCAAGUUAAUGCUUCACAAAACAGGGUGCACAUGUUAUAUUUGCAAGAGAGUCGUACCGACAACACAGGGUCAUACGUAGUGUAUGCACCGGUAGAGGUUUCGGCUAUGUCGAUGGUCUUCAAUGGCGGAAACCCAGAUUAUGUACACAUAUUGCCCUCAGGAUUUGCUAUCCUCCCAGAUACUGAUAUCAAUCAAAUGAAUGGAGAAACAGCUGGUUGUGGAAGUCUUCUGACUGUUGCAUUUCAUGUGGUUGAUAGAGCAUCCACUCUCGAUUUCAUUCCUCUUUCAUCCGUGAAUACAAUAUACCAUGUUAUUACAGAUACUGCUAUGUCUAUCAAGGCCGCUGUGAUGUCUAAUAACCUAUAGGUUGUUGAUUUGGCUGAAUGUGCAGACUCAAAUGUUCAGAAGCUGGCUACAGCUUUGAAUUUGGUAAGAACUGUAUUCGUAAGUUUGUAACUUCUUUUGUAUCUUGUACCUUCUAUGGAGGCCUUAAGGUCUAGUGUUGUAUGUUGAAGAUUAUAUGAAUGACAUGUUGCUGGAGACAUAGUUAUAGCUUGGCUGACCAUUUUUCAAGGUUUGGUUUGAAUACUUUUUUUAUAUUAUUGAAACAAUUCUUAAAAAAUUAAUAUGAAAUUCAAACCAUAUCGGUUAUUUUAGUCAAGCUGCAGAAUAUGCAGAUUAUAUGAAUACAAUUUUUAAAAUAAAAAAGAAAGCUGCAUAUAUAAUGAAUGAUUUAACUAAUUGGAUGGACUAAGAAUGAUUUAACUAAUUGGAUGGACUAAGCACGAAGAACAAAAAGUUUCAACAGUAUGUUAGUGCUUUGAAAUGGCAGUUUAGGUUAAAGAGUUUGCAUCUUUGUCUCUUUU